CGCUCCAGCACAUUCGCACUACAGCUCCCACAGCGUCCUGGGCCGAUCACGCACGCAGCCCAUCCCGUUAUAUAAACAAUGGCCGUAUCCGUACCGCUCUCUCCCGUCAUCCCAGAUCCUUCAUUGAGCAGGAGUCCCUCUGUCGUUCAACACAAUCCAACGCUUCUUCACACUCUUCACCAAGAGCACAGCUCCGUCCUAAGCCUCGCUGCGGACGACCGCAACAUCUACACUGGCAGCCAAGACGGACAAAUAUGUGUCUGGGACAAGCAUACCUUCAAGCUGAGAGCCGUUCUGAGUGGUCACACUGGCAGUAUAUUGGCCCUAGAGUAUGCCCCCGAAAAGCGCUGGCUCUUCAGCGCAUCAGGUGAUAGCACAAUACGUGUAUGGAACACGCGUAGUCUUAAUCCUCUUCACAUCCUCCACCCUCAUCUGGAGACGGACUCUGGAGACCUCUUUUCUCUGGCAUGGUGUCCUCAUUCGCAGACGCUCUACUUUGGCUGUCAAAACACCUCACUCCAAUGGUUUGUGUUUCCGGUGACCACUCCGGAGCUUCUGUCUAGUCCCCCCUCGUUGUUGUCAAAAGCCUAUAGCUCUAGUGGGAUCUCCACUCCGCCGUCUAGGAAGGCACACAAAUUUUUCGAUAGCUAUCCUCGAUACACUCGAAGGCCGGCCGAUCUCAACGCUCGAAACCCCACAUGCGCGUCCUGUGUACCCGCCACGUCGACAACUCCCCCUUCGGGAUCGUCAACAGGUUCUCUGACUCCGCCGGACCCUUGCAUCCAUCCCGACGGAUUCCACCCACCGGUCGCGAUCUUCCAGGUCCCGCCAGAAAACGUGAUCGAUUCCGCACAUUACGGUUAUGUUUACUGCAUGGCGCUCCUCCCUAGCUACCGCGACGGCUCCGACGAUCCCCCUUUCGAGAGCGGCCGCGGCCGCCAACUGCAGUUGGUCACGGGUAGCGGAGAUUCCACAGUAAAGCUCUGGCGUCUACCUGAGAAUCAAUCGUCGAACGACGCGCCUCGGCUCAUUCACACGUUUGACUGUGGUGUCGGUGCUGUGCUUGCAUUGGUCGUCCGCGGAGAUACCGUGUUUGCCGGAUGCCAAGAUGGCUUGGUCAAGGUUUGGGACCUUGAAACGCGUACUCUUGUUCGCACUUUGCUCGUGGUGGAGAACGUCGAUAUACUUUCCAUGUCGAUGUUACAUUCGGACCUCUAUGUUUGCUCCGCCAACGGUGACAUCCAGCGCUGGUCAUCUGCCUUUGUCUUGACCGGGUCUUGGAAGGGCCAUGAAGGGAUAGUCCUGUCGUCGAUCAUCACACCGAAGCUACAUACAGAAGACCCCGUAGAGCACGCGACAACAUAUGCACUUGUCACUGGCGCAAAUGACAACAUGAUCAAGGUUUGGGAGGUCUUUCCGCCGGCUGCUCCUACGAGCAGCAUUGACAACAUUGAUGGCUUCGGAGAUCAUGCCGACGUAUCGAGGAGUAUAGACGAUCUCCUUGUUCACGCUUUGACCAAGUUCGUGUCCAUUCCAAGUGUCAGCAGCUCUCAGGUCCAUAAGGAGGAUUGUCGACAAGCCGCGAUAUGGCUACGUAAGUGUCUCACGCAGUUGGGCGCGGAGGCGUCUCUGCUACCAACGGGAGACGCAACGAAUCCUCUUGUUAUGGCUACAUUCCGUGGGACGCAGACGUCCACGCCGAAGCCUCGCGUCCUCUUCUACGGCCACUACGACGUUAUAUCUGCCCAGCCCAGCGGCUGGACGUCGGAUCCGUUCACCCUGACGGGUCGGAACGGCUACUUGUAUGGUCGUGGAGCGACCGACAACAAGGGCCCCGUGAUGGCGGUUGCUUGCGCAGCAGCAGAGCUGCUGGCGCGCCGAGCACUUGGGGCUGACUUGGUGCUGUUGGUGGAAGGUGAAGAAGAGGCUGGAAGUGGAGGAUUUGUUGAGACGGUCAAGCGGCACAAGGAGACAAUCGGGCCGAUCGACUCCAUCCUUGUUAGUAACUCUACCUGGAUAGCGGAGGACACGCCGUGUAUCACAUAUGGUCUGCGAGGCGUGGUGCAUUGCAAUGUGGAGAUAUCCAAUGAAGGCCCGGACCUACAUUCAGGUGUUGACGGCGGAGCUGCCCGUGAACCGAUGCUUGACAUGGUAAAGCUCUUGGGUACUUUGACGGAUGAGAGCAAUAGGAUUGUUAUUCCCAACUUUUAUGACAACGUGAGGCCGCUCACGGAGGAAGAGCGACAGUCGUACAAGGUCCUAUCGAGCGUGACGCAAACACCCGCAACACUCCUGGUAGCGCGCUGGCGGGAGCCAUCGCUCACGGUACACAAUGUGGAAGUAUCUGGUCCCAGGAAUUCCACUGUUAUCCCCUCUAGCGUGAAGGCCCACGUCUCCUUGCGCAUUGUCCCUGACCAAGCCCUGGAAGCCAUCGCGUCUUCGGUACGAGAACAUCUGGAGGCCACGUUCAAGCGCAUGCGAUCGCCGAACCACCUGAAGGUCAGCAUAGAGCACACGGCAGACUGGUGGCUUGGCAACCUUGACGAUCCAUGGUUCCAUGCGCUCGAGGAUGCAGUGAGGGACGAGUGGCAGGUCGAACCUCUCCGGAUCCGAGAAGGAGGAUCUAUCCCAUCAGUCCCUUAUCUCGAGAAGGAGUUCUCUUGCCAUGCCCUCCACCUCCCGCUAGGGCAGAGCACGGAUCAAGCCCAUUUACCUGAUGAACGCAUAUCUCUUUCGAAUUUGCAGCGAGGAAAGCGCGUCGUCGAACGCUUCCUGUCCAAUGUUGCUGGACUCUCGCGGUAGAUGCGAAGUGGGAGCUUGUUCGCGAGGAUGGCACAGGCAUGAACGAGCGGGGUAUCAUGUUACAACAUUACAUUGAACGUGUUCAACGUCGUACAUGUUAUGUAACAAAUCGAUGGGGACACCAUUACGAAGAUGAAUCAUCG